AUGUCGACAGAGAACACUGCUCCAGCCACCAAGCUCGGAGCUUCCAGCGAAGAUGCCUUCCGGACGAGGUCAAUACAAGAUCUGAUGUCUCUGAAGGGCAGGGUCACCGUCGUCACUGGGGGAGCACGAGGCAUUGGCCUAGCCCUGGCCAGGGGUGCUGCAGAGCUAGGAAGCAAUGUCGCCGUUCUCGAUAUCCUCGAGAAGCCAUCCGAUGCUUUUCUUGAUUUUGAAAAGGAACUGGGUGUGACGGCCAAAUAUUACCGAACAAGUGUCACAGAUCCGGAUGGCCUAACUAGAAGUUUCGACGCCGUGGUGAAAGAUUUCGGUCGGAUAGACAACUGCGUCACGGCGGCGGGCAUCGUGCACGAUAAGCCAUUCCUGGACACAACUUGGGAUGAAGGUGCCAGGAUUCUCGAAGUCAAUGUGAUGGGCACAAUGCUCAGUGCGCAACUGGCGGCCAAACAAAUGCGAGCCCAGAAUACCGGAGGGAGCAUUGUGAUGAUAGCGUCGGUGACAGUUCAAACCGCCCUGCCAACGCAAAGACUGAACAUAUACGCUGCCUCCAAAGGCGCAGUCAAGUCCCUUUGUGGACAGCUGGCAGUGGAGCUUGCACCAAUGGGAAUUCGAGUAAACACAGUAUCCCCUGGUUUCAUCGCCACGGAGAUGACAAAAGGGUUGGCUUUAACAAGGCCUGAAUUGCUGACGGUGUUCAAGUCUGCACCGCCAAUGGGGAGGAUAGGUGACCGUGCUGAUCUCAAGGGCGCCGUCGGAUAUCUUCUGAGUGAUGCAGCGGCGUAUACCACCGGUGCCGAUGUCCUCGUUACUGGCGGUGUGCAUGCCGGUCAAUUGUAG